AUGAGGAAUAACAUUGAACAAAUCAAACCCUAUGUAUUCAUUGGUAAAACAUCAUUGAUUAAACUUAAUCUGGCAAGAAAUCAUUUGAAACAAUUAACAAACGAAACAUUCUGUGCAGCGAGUCAUUUACGUGAGAUCAAUCUCAGUUACAAUACCGAUUUAGUUUCAAUACUUCCUGGCAUUGAUGAUUUGUUUCAAUGUUUGAAACAUUUGCAGUAUGUGAUCCUUUCAAAAGAUCAAAUUGAUCCCGAACGACCGAUUACUAACGGAUGGAUGAUCAUUUCGAAUAAUGACGAAGACAUUGUGCGUCUGACACGAAUUCCACUAAAACCAACAGUUCUAUCAUCGACCAGUACGAUUCUCACUGUUCUUAUGUCCUCUACAACAUCUCGUUCAAUACGUUAUUCUCAUACAAAAGCUGUCACUGUUUCACCUAUUUACCAACAAGAGUGUACAACAUUUAUUCCAUCGACUUAUUCGACUAUCACUCGACAUAUCUCGUUUAUGCAACACAAUCAAACGCUCAUUAUCGUCGUUUUCUUUCUACUCGUAUUUGUGCUACUCUUUCUUGUUCUAUUGAUUACAUUAGCUAUCUGUCGCCGUCGACUUCGUCGUCAUCUAACGAGUGAAAUUCACCGUCAACAUUCUCACCAUUAUUAUUAUCAUCAUCCGGUUCGAUUGCAUCAACCAUCCAUGAAAGUCAAUGAAACUCAUACAAGUGUUGGUAUCAACGAUAGUCUCUACGAACAACUACCGUCACUAUCUUCUGACAGUGAUCAACCUUUUCUUUACAACGAAAAGAAAUUGACUCCAUCCAAUGCGCCGGCGAUACCACCACAUCCGCCAACACUUCGACAUCAUUUCUGUUGUCAUCCGGCAAGCCGCUUAUUACAAAUUCCGACAACGAAUUCUCAUGAAUAUCAAUAUGCGACAAAUGUUACAACGACUACAGGUUACUCAACACCAACAUCACAGCAACAUCAAUGUGCUGCUAUUCUACUUUGGGCUAAUCGCCUACUCUAUCCGACACAAACGAGCGCUAAUCGUCGUGAUUGCGCAUCCCAUUCCUGUCCAUCGGAAUUACAACAUUUACAACAACGUCUUCUCUCUAAUCAACAACAAGAUGGAGCAUCAAUUACAGCAGAUACUAAUGUUCUCCGUUAUUGUAACAAUGAAACACUUUUUCUUCCAAGUUCAACUUGUCGAUGUCAUGGUCAUGUACAAAAUAUGGAUACAUAUAUUCAUCCACAUGUACAUAGAUAA